UCCAUGGUCUCCCUCACCGCGUUCAGAUUCGCCGCCGCCCCGGCACCACUGCUACUCGCCAUGGCUGAGGCCGAGGGAGGCGGGAAAAGGGCCUGACCCGGAACUGGAGCGCCUUCCUUUCUUCUGGGCAAUCACACCGCGCGUCCCCAGCUCACGCCGGGCAGGCUCCGCCCCUCGCGCUCGUCGCCGGCGUGAGGCUGCGUUGAUUUAAAUUUGGAGCCUCGUUACUCAGCGCGGAAUGUGAAGCGAGAGUUGCCAUUCGAAUUUACUACGCGGCCUCGAUUCGAUUGGUUGGUUCGCGGACAGCGGUACGACGCGAUUGGCUAGCACCCCACAAGGCCCGUGCACUGGUUGGCCUAAGACAGCGCGGAAGCGGGGAGUUAAAGAGUCUGUGCUUGUCGUGGGAGCUGGCCUGGCCCCUCGGGAGCGCCCUGGAGUCGCCUCUUGGGGGGGGCUUCCUUUUUACACACACCGCUAGUUUUCCCUCUGUGCUAUGGGAGAUGUCAAGGAAUCAAAAAUGCAGAUAACACCAGAAACUCCAGGAAGGAUCCCAGUUUUGAAUCCUUUCGAAAGUCCUGGUGAUUAUUCUAAUCUCCAUGAACAAACUCUCUCCAGUCCUUCUGUUUUUAAAUCAACGAAAUUACCAACUCCAGGGAAAUUUAGAUGGUCUAUUGAUCAACUAGCUGUAAUAAAUCCUGUAGAAAUAGACCCAGAAGACAUCCAUCGUCAAGCUUUGUACUUAAGUCAUUCUCGCAUAGAUAAAGAUGUGGAAGACAAAAGACAAAAAGCCAUUGAAGAGUUUUUCACAAAAGAUGUCAUUGUACCCUCUCCUUGGACUGAUCAUGAAGGGAAACAGCUUUCAGAGAAUCAUUCCAGUAAAUGUAUUAAGGUAACUCGUGAAUCUCCAACUGGAAGAAGGCUGACCAUCCAUGCUGAGAAAAGCAAUGCUGCUUGUCAGACAUUGCUGUCUCUUCCUGUGGAUUUUAAUUUAGAAAAUGUAUUAGGUGACUAUUUUAGAGCUGAUGAAUUUUCAGAUCAGUCUCCUGGAAACCUCAGUUCUUCAUCCCUCAGAAGAAAGCUAUUUUUAGAUGGCAAUGGAAGUAUUUCUGACUCCUUACCUCCAGCUUCUCCCAGAAGUCCUCGAAGUGGUGCUCAAGCCUCACUUGAGGUUUUUUAUUCGAUAGAUUUAUCUCCUGUACGGUGUAGGAGCCCUGUGCAGACCCCAAGUUCGGGGCAGUUUUCAUCCAGCCCUAUUCAGGGAAGCACAAAAAAAUACAGUUUGGGAAGUAUAACCAGCCCUUCACCUAUUUCUUCACCCACUUUCUCGCCAAUUGCAUUUCAAAUAGGAAAGACUCCACUCUCGGAACAAAGAAAGUUUACUCUUCAUUCUCCUGAUAAUUCAUCUGGAACAACAAAUUCUAAUGGAAUUACGAAUCCAUGCAUCAGAAGUCCUUACAUAGAUGGUUGCUCACCAAUCAAGAACUGGUCUCCGAUGAGACUGGAGAUGUGUGCGGGGGGCACCCAGUACCGGACCUCGCUGAUUCGGAUACCCUUCGCUCUUGAGGCCCACAGUGAAGAUGAGGACGACCAAGUGAACCUUCCUCCCACAGAUGCCUCGUCACCAGCCAUGAACACCGGCGCACGCCUGCGGCACUUGGGCAGUGACACUCCCCCGCAUGGCACACGUGUACUAGUGACCGCCAUGUCUAUCACACAGAAUCAGUCCGGUACUUCUGAGAAAGAAUUAGCGCUGUCGCAGGAUGUUGAAAGUGAGAAGGAGAACAACACCGUGGAUAUGGUUGAUCCUAUCGAGAUAGCAGACGAGAACACUUGGAUUAAGGAGCCGGUGGACAAUGGCAGUUUGCCCAUGACCGACUUUGUGACCGGGAUUGCCUUCAGUAUUGAAAACUCUCAUAUAUGCAUGUCACCUCUUGCGGAAAGCAGCGUCCUUCCUUGUGAAAGCAGUAACAUGCAGAUGGAUAGUGGCUAUAACACACAGAAUUGUGGAAGCAAUAUUACGGAUACGGUUGGAGCAGAUAGUGAUGCACAAACCUUGGAAGUUGAGAAUAAAUCUCAAGUUCUUAAUACAAAGGAAGACGGCAUGACCCAGCGAUGUUGAACGAGAGCAGCACUCCGUCCCCAAGACCGCAGUCCACAGAAUCAUCUCUCUGAACCAAAGACCGUCAGCGAAUGGCUCCUCACAUAUUUUUUAUGCACAGGAUCAAUAAUGUGAUCAUGAUUGGGAAAAAGUUGCUUUAACUAACAUGUUUAGCUUUUUUUCUUUUCCCCCUUAAUGUGAAAAAUCAAGGGCUUAAUUUAGUGACAUGGGAACAACAGAAAAGCUCCUUGAACUUUCAAGUCAUUGAAGUACAAGUGCAUUUUUUAUUAAUAAAUAUUUUUGUACUGAC